GAUAGAUGUGACUCAGUCUGUGCUUCCUGCAUUCACCGACUGCCUCUCCUCUUUGCUCAGGUGUUCUUUUUUAAAUUAUUCACUGUUUCUUUUUUGUUUUUGUUUCCUGGAGUGGAGUGAGCGUUCUCUCUGGCCAGGAGGCUCAGAUGGGAGGCGUCGCUGAGCGGGCUGGCUCGUCAUGCUGAACGGGGGCAGGGAGGGCCUGUACGAGCUGGGCAGGCAGCUCCAGCAGCAGGGGGAGUCCCAGGCCGCGCUGCACUGCUUCCUCAGCAGCCUGCUGGGGCUGACGCACGUGCAGAGCUUCCACUCGCUGCCCAACUGCCUGCACCAGAUUGCUGAGCUCUUCAUCGAGGAAAAAAACUAUGUGAAAGCGCUCCAGUUCAUUCAGGCGGAGAAGAUGUUCUACGAGGUGGCAUUGCUCGAGCUCACAGCUCUUCAGGGGAGUGCAGGCCCCCAGGACACGGCUCCGCUCGGAUCGGAGGGAUGGGAGUCUCCAGAGGAGCUGUCGGAGCAGGCCUCUCAAGCUCGGGACUAUGAGAGACUCGCCCAGCUGUGCAUCAUGAGCAAAAGACCACAUCUUGCUUUAGAAUACAGCGGCAAGGCCACUAAAAUUCGACAGAAGGCAUUUGGCAAUGACCACCCCAUCACAGCCAGGAGCCUGGAGCUGCUGGCAUCUGUCUAUGCUGAGAUAGGCAAGACUGAAUAUUCAGACUCUUUGGGCCAGUGUGUGUCGGCGCUGUCCAAGAGGUUCGCUGCGACGGAAACAUUCAGUGACGCGCUUAACGGUGCCCCCCUGACUCACCGGGAGAGGCGCUCCGAGGUCCGGCAUCACCACAGAAAGGACACGCAUCACCAACAGGAAGCAUCAAAACAGAAGAUCACCAACUGUAAAAUUCCCACCUCCAUCCUCAAGAAGCCCAGCUGCGGCGGUGCCGACUCGGAGCUGACUCACCGGCGCAAACCGGAGCGGCGGGUUCGCUUCCGGGAGCCCGAGCUCACUGUACAUGACAUUCCACACUCUGACUGUUCACUAGCGUACGACACCUCCCCCAGCCGCCCGCACCUGGCCCUCCUCACCUGCCUGUUCCUGCUGCUCUCCGUCCUGGGCGUGGCGCUGUACUGCACAGACCGGCGGCGGCCGCAGCGCGCGUGUGAGGAGCUGGAGGCCAUGCUGGCCGUCUACCUGCUGCAGAUGAAGCAGGUACUCUGGGGCUGCUGGAUCUGGCUCACCAUGCAGUAACUGUGACCAGCCAGAGGGGGAGCUCUGCACCACCCCCUCCCUCUUCCACAGCCUCGCCCAAGUCCAAAAAAUGGCUGGUUCCUCCUAUAAGAGCACUGCAUCCACUCUCUAAACACGGUGCUGAGACGUGCAUCACAGAUUGUAGCACUACGCUUGCUUACACCGACAUAUAGAAAAAUGUAUAUUCCCAGAGUUAUGUAGCUGUCAUGGCUUUGUAAAUACUUAGGUCAUUGGAAUGCCUUGUUUAAGUUAUGAAGUCUUUAGCACAUCACGAGUGUGUUGGCACUUACAGGUUAUGCCCACCAAAAAUCUUCAAUUUAUGUACAUUUCAGUACAAUCAAUAUAUGUGGAUCAUAUAUGUGAAUAUGGAGGACAAAGUUUGAAAAACUGAGAAAGCAAUCAGUCUAAAGAGAGAAAAACAGUAGGAUAUGAAAACUGUCAACAGCACUUAAAAUUAAGCAAAGGAUUACUGCAUGAGAAAGGCACUAAUAUUUUAACACCUUCUGAGAAAGACAUCUAAGAGCAGACAUGACAUCUUAUCAGCACAGUCCGUCUGGCCGUAGUCUGGCUUAUCAAUCAAGAUCAUCACUAUAUUUAAUUUACUGCAUAUGAUAAGCAGAUGUGCUGUUAAAUUAAUAUUAAAAAAUCACCUUUAAUUUACAAAGAAAGAAACUGUCUGCACAAUAGUUUAAUUCCAACCACAUGGAUGGUACAUUGAUGAGAGAUUUUAAGUUCAUAUUUGAACUGAGAAGAGAGUAUCUUUCAGCACAGAAAUAUAUAUUCAUUCAAUAUGACAGACAAACACUGUAUCUGCUUAUGAAAAAAAAUGUGAUUGGUUUUCUGUAAGAGUGUAUAUGCCUUCUAUACUUCGAAUCUUCAUAGAUAUAGUUACUAAAA